UCAAAAGGAGGUUUAGGUACAUCGGUGAUAUCACAGACAGGGGCAACCGGCAAUGAUAGUGAUCCGCCUUCUUACUCGUCGGGUGAUUCAUCACCAUCAUCAUCCCUUUCUGACACAGAAUAUAAUUUUAAAGGGAUAAGAGACACCGUACCACACGAUGGUAGGUUUACUGAUUCUGUUCGACCACCCUCUCCAGUUGUUCAUAUUGACAGCGAACAUACGGAGAGGAAAGAGAUGGAUAAACAUGACGAAAAAGACAAAAAGAAGACUGAGCUAGCUUUUUGGGAUGUCUGCCAGAUUAUUGCACGUGAAAGGAAAGUUCGUGACGUAGAUGAAGACAGGGGGCUUCAAGUAAUCAAAGUUGUCACCUAUAUACUCCUGUUCUGUACCGUCCUCUGGUGUGCUGUAGCUCAAAAACUCAGCCUGAUGGUCCUUGUUUCACCGGUCAUCUUUCGUACAAAUAAUAAUACUCAGUCUCUGGUAGAUGAUAAAAGCAAAGAAGCUACAGCGAACCACAUUCUGUUGACCAUAGCUAUCCUCAUCCCCUACUGCCUGACGUUUUUGAGCAGUGCUUUCAAAUGGAUGUUUGACAACUUACCUUUUCCGAGCCCAUCAACUUUUCUUCUGUGUUUAAUAGUCGAAGUAAUGCAUUCGAUAGGACUUUGCAUACUGGCGUUCAUCGUUCUUCCAGAACUAGACAUGGUGAAUGGCAUUUUGCUUCUGAGCGGAGUUGGUGUUGUACCGGCAGUUUUGUUUCCGGUUUGUGCUUCCGAUGUAAAACUUAAAAAGAGCGAUGAAAAACAGUCAAGAAGAAACAGACUUAUUGUUUUUGCUCUUAAUAUCUUGACAAUUUUAGUGCAAUUUGCGUAUAUACCUAUUGUUUUAAUAACAAAUCAUUUUGUCGAUGACAGUAAAAUAGACAACGAAACAACAUAUAUUGUCUAUUUUAUAGUAAGUAUGUUUUUUGUUUCGUGCGCGUAUUGGGAGAAUUUCGUUGACGAUAGAUUUUGCGGAAAAACAAAUUCAAAUGGCUGUUGGAGAAGGUUUAUAUUGAAAGCAAAGUUUGAACUCCAAGAGGCAAGACCAAUCAUGUCAACAUGUACAAGUUUUAUUAAGAUCGGUGUGACAUUUUUGCUUUCCUGGUUUAUCAAGGUAUAUUACGAGGAAAACAGCGCGGAUGGGCAGAACCGACACAAACCUAUUGCGAAUGUGACAUUUUCAGAAGCGUUUGGGGAGCUUAACAGCCUGCCAUUGGCAAGAAGCGGGGCGAUAAUUGCACUGACAUUGUCUGCAUUUGUUGGACAUUAUGUUGGAUAUACCGCUUGUAAAUUGAAGCUACAAAGAUUUUCGUUCAAUUUUCCUCUUCUACUUUCUACACCAAUAGCUGUAACAAUAGCAGCCUUAGAAUGUCAUGAAAUAGUACUACUGGACCCGUUUACUGAAGAGGAACGACAAUGCCGAGACGAUUAUGAACCUUUGCACUUUGUUUAUGGUACUGUUGUGUGGAUAUCAUUGUACUGGUUGUGCAGACAUAUAUUUUACCCAAAUAUCGAAAGACUUGCAAAGACCGAAAGAUUGUUUAUGAACCCGUUCUAUUGCGGAAUUCUUUUUGAGCAGCAUCUGCUUUUGAACAGACGACGGCACACGAGGAAGGUGCACAUGGAUAUAAAAUAUGAAAAGGUUUAUUACAGGUUGUCUGAAUAUAACUCAAAGGUUAAUAUCGAAGGUAAUGAAGAAGAUGACGUUGCAAGUCAAACUGAAAAUAAGGCAGAGAAUGAGGACAUUUAUGCGAGUGAUUACAAAAACCCAAAGUUCAGAGAUGCCCCUAUGAUAUACGCAUGUGCAACAAUGUGGCAUGAGACUAAAUAUGAAAUGUUACAGCUUAUGAAAUCUAUAUUCAGAAUGGACAGAGAUCAGUGUGUCCGAAAACAUGCGGAACAAGUGUUCCAGAAGGAAGAUAAAGAUUUCUAUGACUUUGAAGCGCAUAUCUUGUUUGAUGAUGCAAUGACUUUGGAUGAUAAUGACGAAUGGGUGCCAAAUGAUUUUGUAAAGUUAUGUACAACCAUCAUGGAUGAAGCUGCCAGUUGUGUCUAUGAAAAGGCCAUGAAAAUAAGGGCACCUUACAAAGUUCCUACACCAUAUGGAGGCCAGCUAAUAUAUACAAUGCCAGGAGACAAUUUUCUUUUCAUUCAUCUGAAAGAUAAACAAAAAAUAAGGCACAGGAAGCGUUGGUCCCAGGUCAUGUACAUGUACUAUUUGCUGGGUUUCCGGAUCGUAAGGAUGUGUCAGGAAACGGUUUCAGCAGCACUUAACGAAGGGAAAAUUAAUGAUUUAAUUCAAUGGGAACCUGGAAGUGCACCUGGUGGAGCAAUUGGCAGAAGUCAUAUAUUUCAGGCCUUUGAUGACCAAGUCCUUAAAAAGGCACAAAACACGUUUCUGUUGGCACUCGAUGGUGACGUAGACUUUUCUCCUGGGGCUGUCCGCCUUCUUCUUGACAGGAUGAGAAAAAGUGAGAAAGUUGGUGCUGCUUGUGGUAGAAUACAUCCUAUUGGUACAGGGCCUGUUGUUUGGUUCCAAAAGUUCGAGUACGCUAUCGCUCACUGGCUACAGAAAGCGACGGAGCAUGUUCUUGGGUGUGUACUUUGCAGUCCCGGAUGUUUCUCUAUGUUUAGAGGGUCAGCACUUAUGGACGACAAUGUUAUGAAAAAGUAUACCAUUCUGCCAACAGAGGCUGCGCAUCACCUUAUGUAUGAUCAAGGUGAGGACCGAUGGCUUUGCACACUACUUCUACAGCAGGGAUAUCGAGUUGACUAUGCAGCUGGUUCUGAUGCUUUCACGUACGCACCUGAAGGUUUUGCUGAGUUCUUUAAUCAACGUCGAAGAUGGAUGCCAUCUACUGUUUUCAACAUCAUCGACCUUCUUGCUGACUACAAGAACACCGUAUAUGUAAACUCCAACAUUAGCAUGCUGUAUAUCCUGUAUCAAGGUGCCUUGUUGUUGUCUACAAUUGUCGGCCCUGCAACUGUUUUAAUGAUGAUUGCCGGCGCUAACAUGGUUGUCUUCAAAGUCACUGUCAUAUGGGGAUAUGUGAUUGCUCUUGCCCCUGCGAUAUUCUUCUUUAUCUUGUGCUUUUAUGUGAAGGCAAAAACUCAAGUUCAAGUAGCGGAGAUUCUCACAGCACUAUACGCGUUUGUAAUGAUGAUCGUAUUAGUCGGAACUAUUGUUACCGCUGCCCAAGAAAGCCCAUUUCAUCCGAGUGUCAUAUUUUUAGGCUUUCU